AUGGGGCUGGGAGCUAGGCUAGUGUCUGUCCUCUUACUCUGGACUCUCCAGGAUGGUGACUGGGACGAAACCAAGGCCCUGUCCUGGGCUACGCAGAGCCCUGCUCUGGGAUCUCUAUCCUCCCCACCACCUGUGGUAGAAGUGCAGUGUGAGGAUGACCGGCUGAUAGUGAGUGUGAACAGGGACUUCUUUAGAACUGGGCGGCUGGUCUGGGCUACAAAGCUGACCCUGGGCCCUUUGGCCUGUGCCCCCGUGUCCUCAGACCCCCUGAGUAAGAGAGUCAUCUUUGAGGUGGGGCUCCAUGAAUGUGGAAGUGAACUCCAGUGCCCUGCUGCCUCAGCUAGGCUGACUGUCCUGCCCUGCGAGUAUGAAAACAGGACAAAUGACCCCAGACUUGUUGAUGCACCAAGCCUCUCCCAAAGCCCACUGGUCCUUAGAAGCAGUGAGGUCUCAGUCCUCAUCCAGUGUCCAUACCCCAGGAGAGAGAAAGUGAGCAGCAGAGCCAUUCGUCCCACCUGGGUCCCUUUCUAUUCCACCCUGUCCAGGAAGCAGCGGUUCAAGUUUUCCCUACACCUCGUGGUAGAUGACUGGAGUAGAGAGAGGACCUCUUCAGCCUUCCAGUUGGGGGACUUGAUCCACAUCCAGGCCGAUGUCUACACUGGCUACCAUGCGCCCCUGAGGCUCUUUGUUGAUAGCUGCAUAGCCACCUUGACCCCAGACCCGGCCUCUGUCCCCUACCGCGUUGUCAUUGACUUCAAUGGGUGCCUGGUAGAUGGACAAUCGUGGGACUCUUCCUCAAUCUUCAUUUCUCCCCGGCCUGGGCAGAAUGUGCUGCGUUUCAUGGUAGACUCCUUCAGGUUUGCCCAAGACUCCAGGAAUGAGAUUUAUAUCACCUGCCACCUAAAAGUCACAGCCACUGACCAGGCCCCCAGUCCCUUGAACAAAGCCUGUUCCUACAACUUAACAGCUGACAAGUGGGUCCCUGUAGGUCCUAGCGACGUCUGCAACUGCUGCAGGAUGGGAACUUGCACAUCCCUCUCAUCCUCCAGGAAACGGAGCCUGUUGGAUCAGGAGCCGGGUAACCCUUCAGAAUUGGAGGCAGACCUGAUGCUGGGGCCUCUGGUUCUAUCUGAGGCUGAGAAUGGGCCAAAAUCAGGCCAAGAAAACAACGUGGGAGGCGUCCCAGAAUGGCCAGAGCUGCUGCUGGGGAUGACAGUAGGGAUAGCAGCUACAGUCUGCCUAGUGCUAUGCCUCAUCAUAGGCAGCCACAAAUAUAGGUCUCUUUGUUCCAGGAAUUGCUAG